AUGGUAGAAACCACCAUUUUGAACCAGCGAUACGCCGACGUCACUUUCCACUCUCAAGGUCGAGGCCCGAAUCUCGACAACCGAGAUUGGAGCGAGGCGGUACUGUUUACCGAAGGCCCAGUCCGUUUACUCGACAACAACAUUGCACACUCGGAAAGGAAGUUAUUGCUCAAGGACAGAGGUUCUCAAACUAUGCUCCGAAAUAGGAACACAAAAAAUAUUGUCAUAGUUUACACCGUGACGCAUUUAAAAAUACCACUUCAUGUAGGAUCGGGCUUGCGCGGUUGUAACAGACUUCGUGAAACUGCUGUCAUGACGCUGCAUUGGUGGAUGCACUGGUUUUGGGUGACGUUGCUGCUGACUCUUAUAGCGAGCAGCGAACGAAGCCUCGCCGCGCCCCAAUCAGAGGCACCGCAGCUGUCUGCCGAGGAGCCUGAAUCGGAAACGGAACCACAGCGCCCCGCCGAGCGGCAGGCGCGCGCCAUGUACUUCACCAAAUCGCCCCAACUGGUGGCGACCAGGCCCCCCACUACCAACAUCACGGAUCACCACAUCGCCGCGGAUUCAUCGAGCCCAAAAAACGCGUCGCUCGAUAGCACAACCGCAGUAACACCCGUACAGUGGACGCCUGUCAACUCUACAGUCACUGAAGCCGUCACCAAUGCAUCAGUUGUAACAAACGCGUCUGUAUGGGGGCUCGGUGGCAUAACGCAGAACGCGACCUUUGCCUCCAAAAGGCGCAACCUCACGCGGCCCGACCUUGUAAAGGACGCGAUCGUUGACAGCGUUUCUGAGAGCAGGAUCGUCACCGAGAAGCCCCUGUCGCUGGAGACGACCCUCCUGCAGACGAAGAUGCCCUCGAUAAUAGAGUCCUCCAGACAAGUAAUAGAGCCGAGCAGCAGAAUGGAUACGGGCACUAUAGCGGGGAUAUCCUUCGCCGCUCUAGCGCUGGUAGCCCUUGCAGGCAGCACUGGCUUCGUCCUAUACAGACGACGCUACCUCAACAAGCCUCAAACGCUGAACGACAAAUGCUCCAACCCCGAUUCGAGUGGCUAUCUCGACGACAGCACUAUAAGAGACAACUCGGAGGAGAUGUACAGCCUGGACAACGACUCGUUCCUCAACUCGCUGGAAGCGAUGACCAUCCAGAACUACUGGACGGACACCGUUAAGCACACCAAGCUG